AUCUUGCCGCCAAAAAAAAAAAACAAAGCAAAACCAAAAAAAAUUAUCGUAUUUCGCGUUUUUCGGCAUAAGAAAUAACAGAAAAGUUAUUCAAGUGUAACAAAAUGAUCAACAACAAUGCAGACUCGGACGAAUCGUGUGGAGAUGAAUCGACAAGCUUCACCACCAACAGCACUACCUCGCGCAGCAAAUCCCCCACCUCUAGCACAAGAAGCAAAAGGCGUGGACGCAGAAGUGCGAAAGCCAAGCAUAAACCAGGAGCUGCCUACAAAUAUGACACCCACGUAAAGGAAAACCAUGGAGCUAAUAUCUUUGGAGUGACAUUUAACACUCUGGUGGGCAAAGAUGAGCCACAGGUGUUUGCCACAGCUGGCAGCAAUCGUUGCACUGUCUACGAAUGUCCCAGAAAUGGAGGCAUUCAACUUCUACAUUGCUAUGCAGAUCCUGAUCCGGAUGAAGUCUUCUAUACCUGCGCCUGGUCCUAUGAUCUAAAAACGUCGGCUCCUCUAUUGGCAGCAGCUGGCUAUCGUGGCAUUAUACGUGUCAUUGAUAUUGAACAAAAUGAAGCUGUGGGCAACUAUGUUGGACAUGGACAAGCCAUUAAUGAGCUAAAGUUUCAUCCUCAUAAAUUGCAAUUGUUGCUCUCGGGGAGUAAGGAUCAUGCCAUACGACUGUGGAACAUACAGAGCCAUGUUUGCAUAGCAAUUUUUGGGGGCGUCGAGGGUCAUCGUGAUGAAGUCUUGUCCAUAGAUUUUAAUAUGCGUGGCGAUCGCAUUGUCUCCAGCGGCAUGGAUCACUCACUUAAGCUCUGGUGCCUGAAUACUCCUGAAUUUCAGCAUAAAAUUGAAUUAUCCGAGACGUUUAAUCAAGACAAAUCGACUUUACCAUUUCCGACAAUCACAAAACAUUUUCCGGACUUUUCCACACGUGAUAUACACCGAAAUUAUGUCGAUUGUGUUCAAUGGUUUGGUAAUUUUGUAUUAUCCAAAUCGUGUGAGAAUUCCAUUGUCUGCUGGAAGCCCGGACAGUUGCAUCAAACGUUUGAACAAGUCAAACCGAGUGAUUCAUCUUGCACUAUUAUAGCAGAAUUCGAAUAUGAUGAAUGUGAGAUCUGGUUUGUUCGCUUUGGUUUUAAUCCCUGGCAAAAAGUCAUUGCCCUGGGCAAUCAGCAGGGUAAAGUUUAUGUAUGGGAAAUGGAUCCAAGCGAUCCGGAAGGGGCCCACAUGACUACUUUGUAUAAUCCACGCAGUGUGGCAACUGUACGUCAGAUUGCCUUCUCCAGAGAUGCUAGCGUCUUGGUCUAUGUGUGCGAUGAUGCCACCGUUUGGAGAUGGAAUCGCCGUCAGGCUACUGCCAUUUAACAAAUAAAAAGAGACUACAAAGAUCUCGCAAAACCAAUUCUCAAGCUCCACAACCAAAUCUCAAGUGGCCAAAUUUAUUAUAGACAUUUCCAUAUGAUUUUAGUUCCUAGAAUUUUUUAAUAAAUUGAUAUAAAUUUUUGUACCUAA